AUGUCAGAGAUAUCGGAGACUCCCGAAGGGCUUCAUGGAUACCAUGGAGAUAGUAUGGCAAUACGGAUAUUGAUGAUCGUCUUCACCUCCGUCGCAUUAUACAAUGCCCUUGAAUUGUUCAUAUUGUUGUUCUUGACUUUCAAUCAUUAUCGUGGACUCUACUUUUGGACGCUUCUACUCUCUGUAGUCCUCGGGGUGAUCCCCCACGCCAUUGGCUAUCUGCUGGGCUUUUUUUCCCUAGCCCCAUUAUGGCUGUCCUUGACUAUCACCACUGUUGGAUUUUACGUCAUGGUCCCGGGCCAAUCGAUGGUCCUAUAUUCUCGGCUUCAUUUGGUGGUCCAGAACAACACACUGCUUCGGUUUGUUCUUUGGUUGAUAAUCGUCGACGCGAUCCUCCUCUUGGUACCGACGACCGUUCUUACUUUCUGUACCGCAUACGUUGGCACUCCGACAAUCGUUCGCGGAUACAACGUCAUGGAACGACUGCAACUGGCCUGGUGGUGCGCCCAGGAGAUUCUCAUCUCGGGAAUUUACAUUGUUGAGACCGUGAAGCUGCUCAAAUUGAUGCCAGACAAGGACCGACGGCGGUCCAGAAUCAUGUAUGAGUUGCUGGCCAUCAAUUUCGUCAUCAUAGCUCUCGACAUUUGUUUGCUCGUUGUGGAAUACAUCGGGUAUUUCAUGCUCCAGACCACCUUGAAGGCCAUGGUCUACAGUAUCAAGUUGAAGCUCGAGUUCGGUGUGCUCGGCAAGCUAGUCAAUCUUGUGCAGAAUCCUCGAUCGCAACCCACUUCGUCCGAUCACGAAGAAUACCCUGGCUUCGUGGACCCUACCCAGUUAACAUCGGAUGUCACUCAUGCAGCCCCUCGGGAAUUGCGACAGGUGGGACGCAGAGGCUGGAAUACAAUAUCAGAGGAGAGCUUGCCCAGUUCUGAGCGCAGAAUUCGCCCAUCUACCCGGUCGACCGACAACAGUAUGCAACCCAGUAUCCAUCCCUCCUGA